GCGACUAACAGCUCGAGCGCCCGAACGCUUAACGUCCAGCCGUACGCUAUCGUCGGUAACGACGAACUCGCAAACUUACUUUCGUUUUCUUGGAUCUACAGCACGACCUUACGACAUAUAUACCGCCAAGCAUGGCAACCACACUCUCUCAUUCUUCUAUUGAAUUUGCACUUCUGAACGCACCUCCUCCUUCGCAGGAUCCUAUCUCUCUUCGCCAAGUACCCGACGUGUUCGUUAUUCCACCGGAGGAGGAACAGGAUAUAAACCCACCAUGGUGUUACUUUGACUCCACAGAAGCCAAGGUUGGACUAGCAACAAGCCCAGACAUUGACGCGUUGGACGUCGCAUUGGGCUUGUUCCAACAAACCGACAAUCGAGCUCCCACCUUCCACCGGUCUCAUUCGAAUGAAUCUUCAGAUACCAUUGUCAUGCCGAAGCGAAGCUUAAGUGAUGCGUUGGGAACUGACACAGAUGUUAUGCGAGAUAACAUCAUGGAGGCGCGAUCAAGUAGCAGAAGGGGUAUAGAUGAAGAUGUUGUGGAAGUAAUCAAGGUACGGAGGAAUGAGGGUAUGUCAGACGUUACGGAUGGGAAGGAGUCGACGUUGAAGAAGUCCAAGACCUUUAAGGCUCGUGCGACUCAGGCAUUGAGAUCUCUCAAAAACGUUGGAAAGAACAACCGGAAACCAGUAAUGGAGAUUUGGCCUGCACCAAAUGGUUCGGAGAAUGACAAUCAUGCGGAGGGAGGUCCUAUACCUCGGCCUUCUACACCAAACCUGACACGUCGCAAGUCAGCAACCCUUACGCAUCUGUUUUCUACGACGCGCAACAGCAGCCGGUCUUCGUCCGAACAUCCCCCAGCCUCACCGCUUCGCUCUGUUAUUCCUUCGUAUGCGGCGGAGUCGCCGCUUCCUACGUCCAGACAGCCUUCCUCUUCUCUCGGUGAUAGAACAAACAUACACAUUAACGCUCGUGAAAGCCAAGAACACGUGAAUCCUACACUUUCGAAGAGGAAAUCCUUUCGAAAUCGCAUCUCUGUCCUUGAUCUUCACCGUUUUUUUACACCUUCAUCAUCAGUUGCCUCAGACGCUGUCACGCCCAAAGCCAGUCAAGAGAACAUGCGAACUCUAUCGCGAUCAGCCAAACACUCAUCCCUUCCGCUCUCACCUUCACGAUCAUCGAACCUUUUCACUCCCGACAGUGUAGAUGACAUAUUUUCUUCCAACGGUUCAAACCAUCGCCCACAUUCAUUCCAUGACGCGAAUACACGUCCCUCAUUGGCGUUGUCAACGGGCUCCUCAAAUGGUUCUUCCCUACUUCGACGAGAGUUCGAGGAAGAUAUCAUUCUGGAGACUAGCUUUGAGCUGAGACUUGAUUCGUUACAUUUCGAUUCCCUUCAUUUUGAUCCUGACGAAUAUGAAUUUUGACGGAUUUGAUCUAUGUCUGCAUUUUUGCCUUUUCUUUCAUGACACCUGUGAUACCUCUGAUUGCAUUAUAUGGACUCCCUGCCCCUCUAUCUUUGUUCCUGAAUACCUAACUUCAGAGUCGAUCAGCUUCCCCUUCGUUCCAUACCUAUAUGUUCGUGCUCUGCGUUUCUGCUAUUCAUAGUUCUUUACGUGUCUGAUACAUGAUUUGGCUGCGCCAGAAGGAUUUUCGAUACCCAGAGUUGAUCGGACUCGACGUUUGAGUUAAUGAACGUACUAGUUUGGAUGCCACGGAUUGAUAAUUGUGAGAAGCCCGAAUAACAUCAGUAGCAAGAGGUAUAAAACAUAAUGCUUGGGUCCACACAAUGAUCCAUUCUGU